ACGUAUCAGUCAUGAAAAGAACGGUCAAGAAUGUUCGUAGGGUUGGUAGAUAAUGUAUGCGUUGGUAAUGUGUUUCCUUUUCCGGAUAGUGUGUUGUGUGCGAGGCAAGGGUAAACAUUAAUAUGGCGGAAGUCGAAACAUACGAGGAAGAGGUUUUACCAGUUGAAUCUGAGGCCACGUUGGCUGUAGCACAACCUGCAGAGUUACCGGAAAUCAAGUUGUUCGGCCGUUGGAGCUGUGAUGAUGUGCAGGUGUCAGAUAUGUCCCUUCAGGAUUACAUUGCAGUGAAGGAGAAGAAUGCAAAGUACCUGCCACAUUCUGCGGGCCGAUAUGCCGCCAAACGGUUCCGUAAGGCACAGUGUCCCAUCGUUGAACGACUCACAAAUUCAUUGAUGAUGCAUGGUCGCAACAAUGGAAAGAAACUUAUGGCUGUUCGCAUUGUAAAACAUGCCUUUGAAAUCAUUCACUUACUGACAGGAGAGAAUCCAUUGCAAGUUUUGGUGUCCGCAAUUAUCAACUCUGGACCCAGGGAAGACUCGACACGCAUCGGUCGUGCCGGUACUGUCAGGCGACAGGCUGUGGAUGUGUCACCACUGCGACGAGUUAAUCAGGCCAUCUGGUUGCUGUGCACUGGUGCUCGAGAAGCGGCCUUCAGAAACAUCAAAACGAUUGCAGAAUGCGUGGCAGAUGAACUCAUCAAUGCUGCUAAGGGAUCGUCAAAUUCAUAUGCAAUUAAGAAGAAGGAUGAAUUGGAACGUGUUGCCAAGUCCAACCGUUAAUAGCUUUUUCAUUAUGUUGCUAUUAAGGUGUCAAUAAAGUAUAACACAAACUGUGUAUUACCUCA